AUGGAUUGGUAUGAAGCAAAUCGAACUUGUGCCGAGUCACGAGCAAACCUAGCCAUCCCAACCUCUCAAUCCGAACAGGAUUACAUAUGGGAACUAUUCAUGAACGAGUUCGAUCAAACACCAGGCACCAGUCUCUGGAUUGAUUGUAAUGACAUCGAGGAGGAGGGAAAGUGGCAGCACCAUGGAUAUGGGAAUUGGGCGAAUGGAGAACCAAACAACGGAGGCGACUCAGAUUGUGUCAAAAUGUGGGAUACACGUAAUGGCCAAUGGGACGAUACUCAAUGCAGUCGUAAAGACAUUUACGACUGCAAGCUGAUGGAACAAGAUUGCCCACCUGGUAACGUGUCUGAUCGGAAGAGAAACGACAACUAUAUUUUUUUCAGAUAG